AUGGCAGGACUGAAAUGCAAAGGCUCCCCCCCUCCAAAACACACGCUCACACAAACCUUAAAGCUGCCUUGGCUUCACCUGAUAUGAGCAGAUGAAUUGGGAGUGGCUUAGCAGGCUAUGUAGGGCUGUCAAGGGGUGGAGGUACAUAGGAGUGACGGCUACUUAAGAUGCUGUGUAGUGUAUGAGAGACAGACACCCGCACUUCUAAACAGCACAGAGUCCUAGUGGAUUCUCUACCUUGGAGAGCCUCAGUUCAGAGAGAGAGAGAGAGAGAGAGAGAGAGAGAGAGAGAGAGAGAGAGAGAGAGAAGGCAAGAACAAGAAUUUUAGCUUGCAACUGUCCUUACAGAGACUUCCAUACCUGGAGAGUUCAAGUCUAAAGCCAGUUCCAUCUGGGGCGAAUUUAGAAACUUCUCAAGCAGUUGCUGGAAGCAAGGGGGGAAAAUAAUGCAGAGCACGGUCAGCACUCAUCUGGCUUGGUUAUGUGUGAUAACCAUCUCUUUGGCCGUCUAUCCAGCGUGGCUGCAGAAGCCUCCCAAGAGGAAGAUAGUCAGUGGGAAUGCCAAGGCCAUGGGUUGCUGUGAAGAGGUGAAGGAGCUGAAGAUGCAGGUGGCCAACCUGACUGCCUUGAUAGAGGAGCUGAGCAAGAAGCAGGAAGACGAGAUGGGGAACGCCAUCGUGCAGAUGAUGGAGCUGGAAGGGACCCUGAAGCAAAUGGACCUGCGCCUCAAUGACGUGGAAGGGAAGUACUCCGAGAUGAACAACCAGCUGGGUAUCGUGCAGCUCCAGGCAGCCCAAACCGUCACACAAACAUCAGCCGACGCGGUCUAUGACUGCUCAUCCCUUUAUCAGAGGAAUUACAGAACCUCCGGUGUUUACAAGCUGCUACCUGACGAGUUCCUGGGAACCCCAGAGCUACAGGUGUACUGCGACAUGGAAACAGAUGGGGGUGGCUGGACUGUCAUCCAGAGGCGCAAAGUUGGUCUGAUCUCCUUCAACAGAGACUGGAAACAGUACAAGCAAGGGUUUGGCAGCAUCCAGGGAGACUUCUGGCUGGGAAACGAACACAUCCAUCGGCUUUCUAGGCGCCCAACCAUGCUGCGUGUGGAGCUAGAGGACUGGAAUGGCAACAUCCGCUAUGCUCAAUACAACCACUUCACUCUGAGCAACGAGUUGAACAGCUACCGCCUGUUCCUGGCCAACUACAGUGGCAACAUUCCACACGACUCCAUGAGAUACCACAACAACACAGCCUUCAGCACCAAGGACAAGGAUAAUGACAAAUGUGUGGACCAUUGCGCACUGUUACGCAAAGGUGGUUAUUGGUACAACUGCUGCACAGACUCAAAUCUGAAUGGGAUUUACUACCGUAACGGUGAACACAACAAGAGCACAGAUGGUAUCACCUGGUAUGGUUGGCAUGGAAAAACCUAUUCCCUGAAAAGGGUCGAGAUGAAGAUUCGGCCAGCAGACUUCAAAGCCCAGGGGGACAACAACAAAGUUGAGUAAGGCAGCAGAAACACUACCCCUUCA